UUGCCAGAACGGGAGCUCUGUCUUCUCUUUCAAGGUCAGCAGUGACUAUCCCGAAGACGGAAGCCAAGAAACUCAAGAGGAGCAGCAUUGCCACUGUUACUGAUUAUCAGUCCCCAACCAGGGUCCCAGAGGCAAGAGAGAAGCUGCAGGCCAGAAAAGGGAAGUCACUUAUGCCCCCCAGAAGCAGUUUCACCAAGAUAGCUGCCUAUAUUUCCAUUUCUCAUGGUAAAACGAGAGCACUCAGACUAAAUGAAUUCUGAAGACCCUUUAUGACCUCUGCUCUACAAAAGUAAAGCUGCCUCCACCAUCUGGAUUGUCUAGCAUCAAGCACUGCCUGUGUUCCUUUGAUUUUUACAGCAAAGUUACACUAUAGCGUUUAUUGUGGGAAGUGUGUUUAUUUUUCUGUCUGUCCAAACACAUUGAUUGGUAAUACAGCAAUUGCUCCUAAGUAACUACUGACUUCCAUUCUACCACUCCCAUCUCUCCCUUGGGAUUCUACAAGUCUCCUACUAAGCAUUCACAGAUCUUCCCUUACCUCAAUUUCCAUUGCUAUGGAGACUACCAAUGGGACUGUUACCUUGUAUGAGAGCCUGCAUGCUGUGCUGAAGGCUCUAAAUGCUUCUCUUCAAAACAACUUGCUGUGUCGGCCAGGACAAGGGCAAGGGUCUGGACCAGACCCCAACAAGCAGACUGAGGCACUGCAGACCGGCCUCCCUGGCCGCAAUGACAACUCCUACAUGUACAUUCUCUUUGUCAUGUUCCUUUUUGCAGUCACUGUUGGCAGCCUCAUCCUGGGAUAUACCCGUUCCCGCAAAGUGGACAAGCGCAGUGAUCCUUAUCAUGUGUACAUCAAGAACCGUGUGUCUAUGAUCUGAUGUGAGGUGUCCGGGCAUGCUGGAAAAGUCAAAACACCUGAGGGUUGUUUUCUUCAGCCUCCAGAACUCAGUGAUGGACCACAUAGGGCCCCAUGUCUCCAUCCAUAAGAUCCACAAAAGAAAGGUCAUUACUGGGGCUUAGUAGGACUGAGCCUUGUGCAUAAGACUUUCUUCAGGCAGAGACAGACACUAUAAAUAGUGGAAGCCCAUGAACAAAGAAGUACUAAAAGGGCCUGGUGUGGUCAGGAAUGCCUGUAAUACCAGCUACUCAGGAGAUAGAUUAGAAAUAGUUCAAAGGAGUUCAAGAAAAAUUAGUGAAACCCAACCCUAAAAAUAAAAUUAAAGAGGUGACAUUGAUCAAGAUGCAUUGCACUCAUUAACUGACAAGUGGAAA